UGUGGUUCCCCCUGUCCGGGGCUCUUCCUCUCGCAGACAAGUGACCCGUGUGGGGCUGUGCGGGCGGCGUGUCCGGGGAGCAGCGGAUGCUGGGCUGGUGAUUCACGGGGCAGGAAACCCUGAGGUGUCAGCACAGCCCGGAGGAACCGGCCCCAGCCCGGAGGAACCGGCCCCAGCCCGGAGGAACCGGCCCCAGCCCGGAGCUCUGCCCAGAGGGGCUGCAGGAGCCGGGACACAGCGGAGGCUGCGGGCCGCCUUCGGCCGGGCCAUGGUGCAGCCGGAGCUGUGGGCGGCCGCGGCGCUGCUGCUGUUCGGGGCGGCCGCCAGCCUCUGCCUCCGCUGCCGCCGCUCCGCUACCAAACGGGAGACACAGCUGAGUGAACGGAGGAGCCAGCUCGAAGGCCAGCAGAGAUUUGCCGUGGUUCGAUCCUGUACCUUUGCAGCCCGAAGGCUGGAACAAAUUAAGGAACCUGAAAACUUAUCAAUAGCAAGGAAAGUCAUUGAAGAGCUCAGUGCUUCCCAUCACACUGGAUAUGGGAGCAGGGACGAGUCCAGGUACCAGAAUUUCCUGGCAGAGAACUGCCUGCAAGAAGACACUGCCUAUGUGGAGCCCAUAGCUUUGGAUCACUACUACAAUUGCACCAGGUUCUUCCAUCCACCCCGUGGUAGGGCUCCAGAGAAAGACGAGGAUUCCUAUUCCUAUGAAAAUGUCACCAUUGGAGCGUCUCAGGGCUCCGAUCCAGAGGACGCUGUGGAGUACGAGAACAGCAUGGCCAUACACACAUGGAAACUGCAGCAAAGGCAAGCCUCAGUGACAGAAAGCCUGGAUGAUGAGCCAGACUACAUCAACACUGGUCCUGUGUCAGAGCAAAGUAUUCUGCAUGAAGUCUGAAGAAAUCUUCUGCUGAGCUGUAAGAGCACACCCAGAGAACAUGCACACAGGGAGAGGGGAGAUUUCCAUCCCUCAGUGAGAUCUCUUCUCCAAACUGUGCCUGCAGUGACGCAGAAGGGGUGUUACUGAAAGGAAGAAAUGCACUGCUUGAAGGCCUACAGAAGCCCAACCACAAAACCAGCAACUGGAGAAAGCACUCUGCCCCCAGUGACCACGGGCUCCUCAUCCCAGUCUCAUCUCCAAGAUGGCCAGUCUGGGCAGCGUUUUCUCCUGUCAGGCAUGAAAUGAAUCCUUAACUUGCUGAGCAGUAAUGCAGCCAGCUACUUAAUCUGUCAGGGUGACUCAUGCACGGUGGUAUUAAGCCACAGGGAUUAUGUUCUGAUUUAGUUCCUGUGCUCUCCUAUAGAAGCAGUUUCCUACGUGAGAGGAACUGGCAAGGCAGAGGCUGUGUUUGUAACAGCAGUGGUUGUCUGGAGCUGAAUGAGAUUCCAACCUGUUCACAAAAGCUAAAGAGGAUUAAAUGUCUGCCUUAUCCAUGGCUUGUAAUUCACAGUAUUGGUCUAUGGCAGUUUUCCUCAUGUUUCAGUAUCUGUUUUAUAAUGAUACAAAAACCAGCAGCAACUCUGAGAGUCAGAUCCACAGCCACCAGCCUCAGAAACUGUACCAGUCCCUCAAUAUGGCAUUGGAACAUCAUCCUAAAAACAGAAUCCCUAUCUCCUGAGCCCUGAUGUACAGAUCCGACACUUUUGGAACACUUAUUUAUUAAAACUGAAAAGCUUCCAAAGAAAACAGGGUGUUUUGCUGUGGUUUGCAAUGAUGGAUGUCUGCAUGAUCAGGUGACACAGAAAUGGGA